UUGUUAAAUCAAUCAAUGGUACCACUUGCGGGUAUCCACAGGAUGAGGGCAAUGAUCGAAGCAACUUGGCGUGUCCUCUCUGUGAAAUAAUCUCGCAUGCGCCAGGAUUUCGAACACCCCUGGCUAAAGUCGAUGGAGUGAAUAGAGUUCAUAGUAAAGCCUCGAGUUACUCGGGUCAACCUUCCAUAUCCGUUCAACUCAUUGUGAUAGAGCCGAAUAAAUCCCAAGGACAUGGCUGACAUUAAGGAGCACGUCAAGCCCGAUCAGGAGGACGACGAGAAUUACGCAAUCAGGAACAAUGCCGAUCCUAAAAAUAUGCAGGAGCUGACACAAUUCGUCCAGACUUUGCUCCAGGGAAUGCAGGAUAAGUUUCAGGCGAUGUCUGAUCAAAUCAUCGGGAGAAUAGACGAAAUGGGAAAUCGAAUAGACGACCUCGAGAAGAAUAUCGCCGACCUGAUGACCCAGGCUGGGGUAGAGGGUGCAGACAAGUGAAUCUAUUCCAUCCAACAGAGCACUAACGAAUUCAACAAUUUCCACUGAGCCAUAAUUUACGAUAUUAUUUGUUAUCACGGAGGUUUAUCAAUAAAUUAUACAUUUUUUCCAGGACAA